AUGCUGGAAUUCCACGAGGGGCGGGCGGCACGGCAGGGGCGCGCGAGCGCGGAUCGCCCGCGCGGCGAGACCGCGGUGAACUGUCCCUUUCCGUCGCCGCGAGGUCCUCUGGCGCGCUCCGAGACGCCGGCAGCAGCCGUCCACGCCCGCGACGAGAGGCGCAGCCGACAGGAGAGAGAGAGUGCGCGGCUCCGCGGCGGCGCCUGUAUCUUCCCCCCGCCGUUCAUCCCCUUCCCCGCGACCUCCGCCGCCGCCGCGAACUUCUUUCCGCUGCCUGCCUUUGUGCCCGCCCCCCCCGCCGGCGCCUUUCCGUACCCUUCACCGUUCUAUCCGCCGCUGCCCUUCGUCCCACCACUCCCCGCCACGGCCUUCGCCGCGCCCUGCACGCGCCGCCCUAGCUUCGCAGACCAAAACGACGCACGCGGUGCGAACGCCGCGGAGCGAGGCGGAGGGAGCAGCGGCGGCGGCGACCCCCGCUUCCGUCCGCCGCGGCCGUUGACGGCGCCGGAGGCCAAGAAGGAGGAAGCGAAGAAGGAAGUGAAAAAGUACGAAGAUCCGCGGCGCAAACCGCGCAAGGAGAAGAAACGCGACUCCAUCAGUCCGUGGCCUGGCGGCGCAGCUUCGGCCUUCGCGUCGUCGCCUGCAGCCUCAGGCGCGGACGCCGCGGCGAGCGAGAAACAACCAGAGGGGAGAGAGGAGGCGUCACAAGCAGACAGCGAGGCGACCCAGCGGACGCAGCUCGAUGCUGGAGAUCCCUGGGCGCGUCUGCCGGCGCCGGCGCCGGUUGCCUCGGCGACGCCGUUCGCAGCGUCCUCCCCUCCUUCUUCGCCUUCUGCGGCUUCGGUCGCCUGUGAUCACCCUGCGGCGUCGCCGCUGCCUCUCUCGAGUUCGCGCGCCGCCUCCGCCUCUGCCUCCGCGUCUUCCACGCCGCUCUCUCGCGCGUCUCCCGCGAUCGGGGGCGCCUUCCCCUGCCCGCGUCUCUCUCGUGAGGCGCGCCACAGUCAGCGCAGCCGCGCGGGGAGCCAGCAGGCAGAGGGGAAGGACGGUUUUCUCAUUGUCAACCCGCGGAAGCGCUUCGGGCAGCACACCACAGCGAGGCCCUCCGCGCCGGCAUGUAUCUCCGCGCCGGCAUGUAUCUCCGCGCCGGCAUGUAUCUCCGCGCCGGCAUCUGUCUCCGCGCCGGCAUCUGUCUCCGCGCCGUCGGGGUGCGAGGAGUCGGCGAGGGCGAGUCUCUCGUCGAGCGCGCAGAGUUCGCCUCCUCCGCCCGCGGUGACUACGCUCGUCUCGUCGGGAGUGUCUUGUGGCGAGCUUCGGCGUCGCGCGUCCUACGGCGCGCCGCCCUUCGCCUCGGUUGCUUCGCCCUCGGCGCCGCCGCUGCCCAAAUCAGGUUCUCAGCCGUGUGCGGCCUCGGCCUGGGAGCGCGCGCCGCUGGCGGGCGUGAGUUCCUCUCUGUCGUCGGGCGUCUGCGCCCCCUCCUCGGCGUCGCGCGUCGCUGAGAAGCCUCUCGCGGCUUCCUCACAUGGUGCAGCGCCCGUUCCCGCCGUUCCUUCGGAGAAAGAGGCGAAGACGCCGUCGAUUCUCUCCCUCGCUCGCGUCGGCGUCUCGCUGGAGCGACAGAAGGAGACGCCGUCUUCCGUGGGGUUGUCACCCCUCGCGUGGGUGGCACCCUCUGCGCACUCCUCGUCUGCACUGUCGUCUCCUUCGUGUGUUCCCUCGUCUUCUUCCGCCGCGUUUUUGCUGCGCGCCUCUUCGCUCUCUUCGCGGUCUACCUCGCCCGGGGAGCGACGGCGGGCUGCGCCGAAAAGCGAGCGGGAGAAGGAGGAGAGACACCGAGAGAGAGGUCUGCCGACAGAGGAGGAGAACAAGGACGCGCGCAAGAAGGAGAAGGAGCGCGCGCGAAAACAGAGGAAGAAAGAGGAGAAGCGAAGCGAGCGCGAGGCGAGCAAGCGCCGCGAAAAGAGGAGGGAAAGUCGCGCGGAGAGGGAGAACGAGAGUAGCAAAGAGAAGACGGAGGCGCAACACAACUCGCCCCGGACGAGUCGAGACAAGACGCAGAGAGAGAAGCGCACUUCAAAAGACAGCAGCAGAGACUCAGAGAGACAUUCGCGCAAACCAGAAAGAGACGAAAAGAAGCUGACCAAGCGAGGCGAGUCGCCCUUUCCUCCGCAGUCUUCCGCACCUACAUCUGGCGCCAGGGAUGUCGCCGCCACGGCGUCAAGAGUCUCGUCAUAUCCCGCUCCUCGGCGCUCUGGCGCUGGAGUGGAAACUUCCACGUCGCCGCUUUCUUCUCUCUCUUCUCGCCCCUCUCCCGUGCCGCGUUCGGCGCCUUCGGCGCUCGCUUCCGCAGACAGAGACAGACAGUCGUCGAGUUUGGGGGCCUCUUCGGGUUCUGCUUCUUCCGCCUUUUCCCGGCCGCCCGGAGCCCACGCGGCGCUCGCGACACACGCCUCGGGUGCACCCUUCUCUUCUCCCCGAUCUUUCUCUUCUUCCUCCUCGUAUUCGUCUUCUUCGUUGACUCCUCCGGAUUGCGCGCCGUUGUCGGUCUCGCAGGCGUUUGCGUCGCCUGCGUCUGCUUCCGCGUCGGCUUCAGAUUCCGCGUCGCCAGCCUUUCUCUCCCCGUUUUCUUCGCCCUUCUCCGCCCCGCUGCGCCCGUGGCUCAGCGUGGGCGACUCGCCGUAUGCGCUCGCGCGCAGAGGAGAGAAAGCGAAACAGCGACGAGGCGACGGCGCGCGAGAUCUAGAGCGCGAGCGGAAGAAGAUUCACAGGCGCCGCGAAGACAAGAAGAGAGAGAGAGAAGAGGCGAAGGAGGCGAAGGAGGCGAAGGAGGCGAAGGAGGCGAAGGAGAGAGAGGUUGCCGCGGAGAGCGGCCGCAGCAGCGCGUCGGUUUUUGCGUCUCCAAAACGCGGCCUUCCUCAGGACUCGAAUCGCCACUUCCGGUUCGCGAGAUGCUCGCACUCCUGGAUAGACGACGAGAAGGAAGAAGGAGAGAUUGACGAGGAUGAGGACUUCGCCUUCGAGCUCCCUGUGGACGCGAAGCCGCGCGCGGCCGAGUCCUCACCAGAGGACGAGCGCGCGAAGAAGCAUAAAGAGAAGAAGGAGCGAGCGCGCGAAGCGGGAGACGGCGGCGACGCUGGCAGCGAGAAGAGAGAAGACCGGAAGAAGCACGCGCGCCAGACGCCCCGGGGGGGCGAGGUGACAGGCGGCAGAGCGAGCGGAGCACGCGAGAGAGAGGACGAGGAGGAAAGGAGGCGGCGAAAAGAAGAGAGACGAAAGAGACGGGAGAGACAGGAGGACGAGACGCCGAAGCGGCCGCCGCGACCCGGCAACGAGCGCGACGUCUGCGGGCGGCGCGAGCGGCACAGAAAGAGCCGCGAGCACAGAAACAGCGGAAGGGGAAAGCCCGCUGGCCCCGAACGCAGCGCCGGUUGCGGGAUGGCGCCAUCCUCGAAUCGUUGGCGGCAGGCAGCGAAUGAAGAGUCGUCUCCGGCGUCCGCAGCGGCCGCUUUGUCGCUUGCGGGCGACGUGCCUCCUCCUGACUGGCGGCUGAGGCGAGCAGACGCAGCCUCCCGUCCUUUUGACUCGUGUGCCUCGACGAGGCCAGCCGCUGGGUCUCGCGCUGCAGAGGCGCCUGCUGCGCGGCUGGACGCCUCGUCUGCGUUGGCCUCACCGUCAGCCGAGUCUCUCUCGCCUGUUUGUCCUGCAUCAGCUCACGCGGUCGCGUCGGCCUCGUCGCACAGCCCCUCCGCCGCCCCAGUUUCUGCUGCUUCGUCGUCUGCCUUCGUUUCGCCCUGCGCGUCGUCUUGUGCAUCGUCUCACAGCUCGCUCGAAGCGCAGACGCGCGAGACGCGCCGUCAACCAGACACGCCGCAGAGGCCCGCACAGGUACAUUCAGAUCCUCUGCAGCCGGCUGAGGAGCUUUCUUCUCUCCCUUCCUCCGGUGUGGCUUCGCCGUUGUCGCGCCGGCUUGCUCCACAGGGCGCGACUGCCCUCGGUGCGGCGUCUUCGGGUCCCAGUGCGUGGUCGUCCGCGUCGGCUUCGCGAGCGCCGCGCGCCUCGCCUCUCUUUCCCUCCUCACCGCCCUCAGUGUUGCCUGCCGACGCGGAUCUCGGCUCCUCCUUGCGUGCCUCUCCUGGCUGCGCCGCGACGGGCGAGAGGCGCUCGCAGGCGCCGAGCGGAAAAGCGGAGGAGAAAGACCGUGUGCGGGUCUUGCAGGCCCGCAAAAGAAGCGAGAGACUGCCGAGAGCGCACGCCACUUCCUUUGGGUCGGCGGACGCGCCAGACUCGCCCUUUCCUCCUCCUUUCGGCGCCCUCGUGCGCGGAACUCCGGAAGACGGCAGCCUCGCGCAGGCGGCUUCUCGCACGCGCCCUUCCUUGAGCCAGCUGCAGAGGAAAGAGCGCGCGAAAUGUGCGCCGUCAGACUCCUGCUGUUCGUCUUCCUCUCCUGCUUCUUCGUGUUGUUCUUUCUCUUCUUCCUCUUCGUCUGAGUCCAGUUGCUCCUCUCCCUUUUCUUCUGCGCCGUCGUCGCCCUCGAGCCGCAGCGAGCUCUCUGCUGCAUCGCCUGCCUCUGUCUGCCUCUCGUCGCCGCGUCAGUCUCCCGACGUUUCGACCUCGGCCUCUUUUUCGUCUCCCUCGCCCUUUCUGUCCUUCUCGGCGCGGGCGUCGCCGGGCGCUGCCUCCGCCUUCUCAGCUCUCUCCCCGGUCUGCGUCGCCGCGGCGUGCCCUCCCGCGUCUGCUUCGGGCUGGCAACGCGGAGAAAAGAAAGCUGCGCAGGAGACGAAGGGCGCGGCCGCGGGUGCGUUUUCUUCCUCGCCCUCCGCUGCAAGCUUCGCCGCCCCGUGCGCCUGGGCUCUUCCUCGCGCCUCGGCGGCGGCCGCUGAGGCGCGCCCCCCGCUCGCGCGCGAGCGGAAGACGGGCAAGGAGGAGAAGAAAGAAGCCGCGAAACCCGACUCCGCAGAGAGCGGUGGCGCCGCUGCAGGGCCCUCUGGAGAGGGCGAAGAGGCGGCCGACUCGGGUAGGGGGGGCGACAGAGGAGCCGCGCAGGAGGAGGCGCGGAGCGGUGAGCGCGGCGGCAGGCGAUGCGACUCCGAGCCGCAGGGCGAAAGGGAGAGCGACGAGAGCGAGCGAGAGGAGAAUCGCGCGCCUGGCUCUCUCGAGGAGAAUCGCGCGCCUGGCUCUCUCGACUCGACGGCGGGCUCGUUGUCUUGUCCCGUGCUGUGCAGCAGCCUCCCACACGAGGCGAUUCGGCUUGCGGCGUUCCGAGGCACGACGCGACAAGACGCGAGGAGCCUCGCUUCGCUGUCGCCCUCGUCCUCCGCCGCCGACUCGUCCCUCCCGGCGUUCACGUCGCCAACGACGGGGCUCAAGGGGAAGCCGCGCGGGCGCGAGGCGAGUAGUAGUGAGCCGUCGGGCGCGGAGAGUGUCUGGUUUUCUUCGCUGGAGGCGCGAACGGCGGAAGAGAAGCAGACGCCGGAGGCGCUUUCCUCCCUCACGUCCUCGCGUUUCUCGCUCUCAUCGCCGGCGCGCUCGCUGCCGCCUCGCACGUCGUUCCCUCCCGCGGCCGCGAGCCCUGGCGGCGCCGCGGAGGCCUCGAGUGUGUGCCUCUCGCGCGUCUCCUCCUCCGCCUCGUCAUCCUCCGCCUCGUCACCCUCCACCUCGUCAGCCUCCACCUCGUCAUCCUCCGCCUCGUCACCCUCCACCUCGUCACCCUCCGCCUUUUCGUCUUUUUCCUCUUCGCUCCCUGCUUCGCUGGCCGCUUCGCCUGCACCCUCGAGCUCUCCGAGGACCUCCUUCGCCUCCACGCUGCAGACCUCGUCUUCCCUUUCUUCGCCCUGCCUGCAGAGAUCCGUCAAGGCGGCUGCAGCCGCGGCGGUCGCGGCCCUGCGCCGGUCGCGGGCGCGGGGGGCGGGACAGCCACGCCUGCGAGACAGACGGGAGCCUUCGGAGACAGAGAGACCGGGAGCCGCGGCCGCGGGUCGCGAGCGCCGGGCGGCUGAAGAAGAGCCUGACAGCGGGGAAGAAGAGACUCGGCUCGCCUCAGAAACGUGGACGCGAGAGGAGGAGGAACGCGCCCGCGACGCGAAGGCUGCGCUGGAGAGAGAGGCGAAGCCGAGACGAGUGGAAGACAGUUCGACAGAGGCUGGCGGAGACGUGGGGAGCGAGGAAGCCGCAGCGGAGCGAAGAGCCAAGACUCUGCCCUGCGACGACGAUGAGACGGAAGACGACAGUAGACGCGAAGGCGCGACAAUGAGUGAAGUGAAAUUGAGGGAAACGUUGAAAAAGAGGGGUACCGAGAAGCGCACAAAGCGCCCCCUCGAGCAGAGUGAGACUCCGAGACCGAUUCAUGAAGGCGCGGAGCCGCAGAAGCAGAAACGCGCCAAGGCCGCAAUGCUGGAGAGGGAGGUGAUGGCAGAAGAGAGGGGAGAGAGCUUAAGCGCGAAGAGACGCGCGCGCGCGACUGAGCGACCGACUGCGGCUGAAGAAGAGGCCUCGGCGCCCGCAGAGCGAGACGACAAGAGAGGCGGAAGCCAGCGAGGCGACGACGCAGUUGCCGAGGAGACGCUGGAGGCAGACUCUGAGAAAGCCGAGAGGGCGGGGAACAGCUUUCGAGCGUGCCCGAAGCAAGACGCCGAGAGGCUCGCAGAGCGCGCGGAAGACCGACAGAGACCUGCCGGGGAGAUGCAUGAGGCAGGCGAGGAGAGCGAACUGCGCAGUGCAGCUGACGCGGCGGAGCCCAGGGUGAGACGCGACGAAGUCGAGUCUGCCCCAACGGGAGCGGACGUGCCUCAAGCGGCGGCCCCAAGCGAUGCAGAGGCGCAGAAAAAUGUGAAAAAAUCGGCGGCAGAGGGAGAGAGCGCACACCAGGAGGCGGGUGGAAACGGAAAUGAAGCGAGGCAAGGAGAGGACUUGGGAAGCGCAAAGAAAGAGCGAGAGGACGCGGAAAGCGACGCGUUGAACACAGACGCCGUCGAGCGCGCCGGCGAGAGUGCAAAGAUAGGGUGCCGCAAUAGAAAGAAGACCCGCGAGACGUCCCUCCCUGUGUCUCCUUUAUCUGCUUCGCCUUCUGUUCGGGCGUCUCCGCUUCUCGCUGCUGCUGAUUCUUCCUCGACCUGCCGUGAAGAGAGAGAGACAGCGCGCAUGCCGUUGUGUGUCUCACCGUCGUUGUCAGCUUUGCCUCCGCCUCCAGCGUUUGCUUCCGCUUCUGUAUCAUCUCCGUCGUGCGACGGAAAAGAAGAGAGCAAGACAACUCCAAGCGUUCGCUCGGGAGCCUCAGCUGCGCAGCAGGCGGCGCGCGGCGCGGCGGAAGAAGAAAAGAACGCGAGCGAGCCGAGGCAGGAAAGCGAAGAGGCAGCGACCGCGGCGAAGCCCGCGCAGGCUGGAGAGGCUGAGAGAAAGGCUCAGGGUGAGGCUGAGGACGAAGGAACGACGCAGAAGCCGAGGAAGAUGGCGAAGCGGAGGAAGGCGGAACGACAGCAGACUGAAGGGGGAGUUGGAGACGCGCGCGCGGGACAAGAGGCGCCGACCUCGAGGCUGAGUGAGGAAGACGUGAGGAGCGCCUCCUUCGUCGUCGACCUCACCGCCGACGUGGAGACAGAGGCCCCAGAAGAAGCCGCCCGAAAGAAACAAAAAAAGGAGAAGAAGGCGAAGCAGAGAGACGAGCGGCGAGCGCGAGCCGAGCUGGAGCUGCACGAGGCUACCCCGGUUGACGCAGAGCAAGGGGAGGAGGCGAAAGAAAAGGCGGAGAGGGAUGCGGACGUGAAGAAGGAGUCGGCCGCAGCGGCGCAGAGUAAGCCGGUCAGGGACGACCGAACUGAAGAAGGCAGUGCGGCGGGCGAAGAGAACGGGAAGAAAAAGAAGGAAAAGAAGCUGAAAAAGGAGCAAGCGCGGGCCGCGAGCCGCGGGCUCACCGGAGAAGAAGGCGAAGUCGGGAGAGAAGAAGGUCCCAGCCGAGGGCAGACGGCAAAGCGGUCCCAGACUGAAGGCGAACCUACAGAGGGACAGGAACAAACGUCUGACGGCGAGAGAGGAGGGGAGGCCGAGGGGGAGGGAAAAGCUGCUGUCGACAGGGAGAGCCGUGACCUCAAAGACCUGCCGAAUCGAAGAGAGACAAAUGCGAAGAGUCCACAGCCCGCGCCCGAGGCCAAAAGCGAGCAGGCCCUGGUCGUCGAACUCUGCGAAGCACCCCCGUGCGGGGAAUCCCAGCGCGAAGAGACUCGCGGCGAGGACCUGCCCGUCGCCCGUCCAGCGGCUCGCGCGGCGAACGCGGUGUCUUUUUCUUCCUCCUCUUGUUCCUCUUCUGUGUGUUCGCCGGCGCUUCUGGGCGAGAGUCUGAAGCGCCGUGAGGCGCGGAAAGUUCAGUGGACCGCGGCCUGGUGGGAUCAUGUCGGCUUCGUGGAGAGUUCGCGCGACGCGCAGCUCGGCCGGGGGACGUUCGGAAACGUCUUCCGCGCGCGCUGGCGCCGCGCCCUGCAGCCCGCCUUCUGCUGCGCCAAGUGCGAUGCAGACCUCCAGCGCGAACUCGAGAGGGAGGGAACGAAGGAGACACUCCGCCCCGCGCAAGGCUCUGCCGCCGCGGAGAGCGGCACGCCGCUGGCGCCGGCGUCCUCCCCCUCCUCCUCUCUCCUCGCGUGCGCCUGCGCAUCGGCUCGCGCUGUGCCGCUGGCGAUCAAGGAGUACAAGGCACAGUCCGCCGCGCCUUUCCAGUUCCUCCGCGAAGAGGCCUUUAUGCGGCAUCACAACUCCCACGUGAUACGCCCCCUGGCGACGCGUUCCUUUAAGCCGCUGUUCGCAUCACCCUUCGGGCUCCCUCGACCCGCGACGGCGAGCGGCAAGGCCCUCGCCACCGAGCAGCCGCGCGCAGCCGCCGCGGAGAACAAACCGGACGACAACACGCCUCCAACACGGCGCGCGGGCGACGAAGGCGAGGCUCGAGAGGCGAGGACAGGCAUGGGCGGCGCCUCGAACGGCCAAGAGAGAGAGAAGCUCGCGGCGGCGAGGGAGCGCGCAGAAGCGGAGGAACGGCGGCGACGCGAAGAGAAGCGCGGCGAGAGGCCGCCUGCGCAGGGCGGCGGCUCGUCGCUGCGGCAGUUUCAGCUGCUUAUGCACCGUGCGCGAGGCGAUUUGAUGGUGAUGCUCAAGCGGUUGAUCCUUCGCAGAGCGAAGGUAAAGCUGCUUCUCGCGUGGGAGCACGAGCGGCUGCGGAAGAACGAGCGAGGCGCAGACGGACUCGAAGGCGAGGGCGACGCAGGCGAGCGAGCCCCGGCCGCCGAGGCCAUGCGCGACGAGCCUCUGGAGGCGCAGACGGGCAACGCUGCGUCAGAGGGCGAGAGAGAAGAGCUCGCGUCCCUGUCGCCCAGCCCUCUCGCCUCGGCGCCUUCGGCGUCGGUGUGGCGGGCGCUGGGCUCUCCGGGGCUGACGGAGUUCGAGAUGAAGUUCCUCUUUGCGCAGCUGCUGAGCGGCGGCGCCUUUCUGCAGUGCUGCUGCGAGGCGGACGUCGCGCGGAUCGUAGACAUCAAGGUGUCGAAUAUCUUGGUCUUCUGCGACGAGAAGAGUAUCUUCUCGCCGCUGCGCUGGCACCUGGUGCUGGCUGAUUUUGGCUCGUCCCUCGUGCUCCACCCGUCUGACCACUUUGCCUCCUCGACGCCGUGGACUGCCGGCCGCGAGGAGAAGAAGCAGCAGUGGAUGCUGCAGACGCAGCGGCAACUCAACACGUACAACCAAGGCACGACGUAUACGAACGCCCCUGAAGCUCUGCGCUUCGACAAACUCGGGAGACUCCGCGACCUGCCGUCUGCCUCGCUCUCCCUCUCCCUCCCCUCCGCCGCGUCGCUCGCCGCGGGCAUCCGCGCCGGCGCGCCGCCUGCGCGCGAGGGCAGCAACCGCAGCCGCAGGGAGGAGACACCCCGCAGAGACGCGGACACGCGGACUCGCGGCGAGGCCGAACAUAAGCGCCGAAAGCUGCUCGCGGACGCCGGGCUCCUGGCGCGGAGAAAGCCCGAGAGCGACGGCGAGCAAGAGGACGCGCAGGCGCGGAAGGUCGCGCGGAGCCAGGUCCCGCGAGAGGGAGGCGACGGCGCGGGCGAGAAAAGGAACGACGAGGCCGAGACGCGAGGAGAAGUCACCGACGCCCAGCAGCCAGGCGGCGAAGAGACAGGCUCUUCAAGGUCCCUGCUCAGCCGCAGGGCGGGCGGGUCGGUGUCUUCGUGCCCAGCGUCUUCCUCGUCGUCGUCGUCGCUGCCCUUCCUCUCGUCUGCCUCGUCGCGCAAGUCUUCGCUCUUGGGCAGCGUGAGUCGCAGCGGCGUCACAACCGCGACGCUGAAGAAGGAGUGCUCCGCGCGUCAGAGAGAGCGCGCGUGGCUACGGCAGCUGAAGAAGCAUCAGGGUCUCCUGCCGUUCUCAUCGUCUUCCUCUUCUUCGGCUCAGGCCGCGCGCAAGCCCGUCUCCUCGGGGGGGUCGUCCUUCUCGUCGCUCGCCUCCACCUCGUUCGCGACGUCCGCCGCGCCACUGGCGCUGCGGCGCUCUUCGCACCGCGCCUGCAGAGCGAGGGAGGAGGGUCGGGCCUCGGAGAGCAGCGCCCGCGAGACGCAGUUGGGAGAUUGCGAAGCCGCGCAGCCAGGCGGCGAGAAGAAGCGGAAGCGCGCAGAGGAAGGGGAGGAGCUCGACCCAGCGGCCGCCGCAGACGAGGGGGGCGCACCGCGUGCGCGCAGCGGACGCGCAAGCGCCGCCGCGACGGCGAAGGAGGAAGACGAGAAGGAGAACGUAAAGCAGAAUACCGCCAGCCGGCCGCGAGCAGCGCCUCAGGGAUCUCAGGGCUCCGUCGUCGAGGGCGAGCGGAAAUUUGCGCAGGUCGCGUCGAGCAAGUCGAUGGAGCGACGAGGCGAGGACGCCAGCCAAGGCGGAGGAGGACGGACCGCGGAUGUGCUUGCAGCGCGGCGUCGCGAAGCAAAGGCGGAGAGUGGAGCCGCCGAGACGCGCAGAGCGGACCAAACGCUUGCCGCGCGCGCGUCGCUCCCCAUUACGAAGCACGCGGACGCCUGGAGCUUCGGCGUGACUCUGGCGGAGCUCGCGAAGGGCGGCGGGUGCUGCUGCCCGCCUGCGUUUCUCGCGGCGACGAGCUCACCGCAGGCCUCCGGCGCCGGUGGCCGCCCGCCCUGUCUUUGCGCGACCCCCGAGGGGAGCGCGCACUUCGAGGAGGCCGAGCGGCGGGCCCGCGCGCUGCUGCUGCGCCUCCACGAGGAGCGACGGAGACUCGACAGGAAGCGAUGCGCCGAAGGCGAGUCUCCAUCGGUCCUCGCGGAGGCGCCGGGCGACGCGCCGCAGAAACGUCUUGGCGAUGCCGGAGACGCGCUAGAGGCCAAGCGCCUGCAACCGGCGGCGGCAGGCAUGAAGGACGAUGAAGGCGUGGCGAGCCGCGUUCGCGUGCGCAGCUCGCUGGAAGAGAAGGCGGCGGAGAGUCCUGCGGAGAAGCCGCGACGCAGCCCGCGGGUCCUACAGCGCGAGGCCGAGGAGCUGGGGGGGCGGCAGUCGAAGAAGAAAAAGCCGGGCGCGGCUGCGGAGUCCGAGGACGCGCCGAAAGAUGCGCAGGACACGCCGAGCUCCUCGCCGCAUCGGAGACUGACGCGCGCGCAGAUACGCAAGUCGCGAGAGGAGGACCUGCAGAAGAAACUGUCGCCGACUCCGAAGCGGACGGCGCACGCGCGAGGACAGGCCGCGCACUCGACCGCUGCUGCGAAGCCGCUGCGCGCGACGCCGACUCGCGCCUGCAAGACCCGCUCGCAGCCCGAGCCUUCGUCUCCUCUCUCGCCCUCUCCCACGUCGCCAUCUCCCAGGUCGCCGCCGUCUGCGACGCCGCCGCCUGCGACUCCGGCGGCUGCGUCUGGGCGGGUGGCACGGGGGUCUCCGGCUGCGUCGUCGUGUUCGCCGGCUGCGCGGGGCUCGGAGCGCGAGGAGGAAGAGUUUUUCGAGGCGUUCGCGGCCCCGGUGUCGGCGGUCCUGCCGGUGCCUUCGUUCGUCGCAGUCUGGGCCGCGCGCCACGCAGAGUUCGGCGGCUUCUGGGUCGCCUCGAAGAUGCUCUGCCAGGCGAUUGGGCACGGCCUCUUCCGCGUGCGGAACGAAGACGAGCAGCGCAGACUCGAGAAGAAGGGCGAGACGCAUGCGCGGCAGUGGCUCGGCCGCGCGCCCGAAGCACUCGACGCCGAGGAUCGCAAGCAACUGCACAGAAUGGCCUGGAACUGGGUCGUCGCCAGACAAACCGCCUGGACGUGCGACUGCGAGCUCCCCGAGCGGAUCUCGCGUCUGCAGCGUGACAGCGCGAUCGGCUCGGCGUCGUCGUCGCCGGCGUCGUCGCUCUCGCCUGCGUUCUGGCACUUACUCGCCUCGCUCUUGUCCUAUCACGCGCCGGAUCGCCCGCUGCCGGCCGAGGCUCUCGGACACGUCUGGUUUGCCUCUUCGGGCGCGGCGGGGUCGCGCGCGUCCGCGCGCCUCGUGUUUGACCUCAUCGACGCCCUGCCUGGCUUCGCGAACUUCCACCUGCCCGCCGAGCAUCUACGCGGCCGCAACAAGCGCCUGCGCUACAACGUCCCGCCGCGCGGCCCAAAUCCCCACAUCGCCCCUUCCACUGCGCUCCAAAAGUCGCGCGCCCCUUUUCUUGCCCCUGUCUCCACUGUCUCCACUGUCCCCACUGUCUCCGCUGUCUCUGCGGCCGCGCCUUCGCGCGGGGAGGCGGGGUGCGGCGACGGCGGCUUCUACAGAGGCUACGGGGCUGUCUCUCGGCGUCCGCACGCCUGGUUCACCGGGGCGCUCCACGGUCUCUCGGCGUCCUUCUCCGCGGCGCUCGCGGCGGCCGCCGCGCGGGGCUGCGCCGCGCGCGGCGCCAGCGGCGAGGCGGGCGCGGUGCGGGACGACGAGGCCGCGGACGCGAAGAGGCAGAACCUGAGCGGAGGCGCCCGGGUGGAGGCGAGCGGCCGCCGCGGCUCGGAGGAAGGGCCCGAGACCGACGCGCGCGCCGCAGGCGGAAGCGAAGCGCGUGGCGAGGUAGGAGGCGCGUCGCCGCCGGGUGAGAGUUCGCUGCUCAAGCCUGCUUCGCUGGUCGCGAGAGGAGGCGCCUCGGCGCCGUGGAGCGCGAUGUUGGCUGCCGGCGACGAGGUUACUCGCUCGAUAUGCGCGCAGGAGGCGCAUGUUUUGAGCAAGAACGAGCGGCUGCUCUGGGGGCGGACGGGGAUUCUGUUCCAGCAUCUCUUCACUUUGAAGCAGAAGGAAAACUGGUCGUGGGAGGAUGUCUGCUCGUCCUACGCCGCCCACAGACUUGGCAAGCUCCUGCUGGCGCUCCACCGCGAGAAACGAGGCGGCGAAGGACGCGCCGCACGCGCCGGAGCGACCGACGGCGAGAAAAAGAGAAAGCGGUUGACCGCACAAGCAGCCGACAAAGAGGGACUGUAG